AUGGAGUCCUGGGCGAAUUAUAGCAGCAUCGUCCACUCUCUGCCCUUUACGUUCCUCGUCGGCCCCAACCACACAAAGCUGACGAUCCAGUCGGGACUGGCUCGCCAUGUGUCGCAACCUUUGGAUAAUCUCAUGAAUGGCGAGACGCGUGAAUCUAAGCAUCACUGCGCGAUUUUGGAAGAGGAGGAUGUCGAAACUUUUGUUGCCUUUUGCGAGUAUGCGUAUACAGGCGACUAUAACGUGCCUCCACCGGGGUUUCGCGAGGACUAUAAAGAGAAGAUAGUCAACAAUCCUUUCAAACGGAUGCUCCAUGCGGAAUCUGGUGCAGUGCCUCCGCCAGCUCCAUCCCCUCCUCAAUCAAUUGGGGCACCCGAGAAAGAAGAAAACACCUCUCAAUUUGGUGGAUUCAGAACCCCCGAAUGGGACCGACCUGCUGCUCCGGAGGCCAAAGAAGGCCCCGAAGGAAGUGUUGGAGCUGGAGAGGAUUUCAAGACUCCAAUUGACCCGCACCAUGAGUCUGCAAUUGCUCCUGAGGAACCAAGUGAGCAGCCCCCUUCAACUGAGAAGCUUCCUCCAAGUGAGCAGCUUCCAAGUGAGCAGCCCCCUCCUGCUCCUGCUGCUGAAGAAGCAGAACCUUCGGACCCCAACGCAGGAAACGCAAAGGGCAAGAAGGGAAAGAAGGACAAGAAGAACAAGAAGAACAAAAAGGGGGCAGCAGAAGAAAUCACAUCCACCAUGACCCCUCCAUCCACGCCCCCGCCUGAGAAACCAGCGGAUCAGGCUGAUAGCGAUCCUGCUCCUGCCCCUGCCGAAGCACCUGCCGUGGAGGAAGGACCUGCACCGGACGAAGCCCCCAAGGAUCCCGAGGCCGCUGAAGCAAUUGAAGCGCCUGAAUUAGGCGAAGCACCCGCAGAAGAAGCCAAGGAGGGCGAGGGUGAAGCAGAUGAGAAUUGGGGGGAACCCGGUCCCUCUGCGCCGAUGACUGAGACUUGGGAGCAGCCUGCACCCACGCCGCCUGAAGCCGAUACGGCCGUCAAGGAGAAUGAGAAAGAACAUGAGGGUCGGGCCCGGCAGCAAUCGAGGCCUUUCAUUGACACGUCGUUUGCCAAGCAGCACUUCGCCUCUCCUCGCAAGACGGGCUUCAGCAAGUGGGAGGAAUUCCAGAUGAUUGAAUAUGUCGACCAGCGCGUACCCUGGGGGACCCGACCUCCCAGUCCACUUUCGAUGGAUUCGAGAGCGAGCAACUCCGAUCUUCCGUAUCUCACUUUCCACGCCAAAAUCUACGUUUUCGCGACGCGCUACCUGAUCCCGGCUCUGGCCCAAUUGUGCCUCCGGAAGUUGCAUAGGGACCUUCUACAUUUGGGAUUCCCCGAUGGAUCACCGGAUUAUGAGGAUGAAGAAAUGGCGCUCCUGUCAACGACCAAGGCGCGGAUGGUUCUGGACCUGCUCCACUACACCUACAAUAAGUCCACCCGUCUUGAGCCGAUCAAUCCAACGUCGGCUACUCAGCUUCGAGACAAUGAGCUGCGCAAGCUCGUCAUCCACUACGCCGCUUGCAAGGUGCAGGAUCUUGCGCGAUACUGUCCCCCUGUUGAGAGCAUGAUGGGCACCCCUUCCGGCCAGCCGGUGGACAUCAUGUCCGAGAAGCCGUCGGCUCGCGGUCUCCGGGCUCUCCUGGACACCACGACGGAGUUGGCUUCAGAUCUGGUGUACCGCAUGAUGGGCAGAUCGAGAUGCAUCGCCCUCGCCGCCAAGCGCGACUAA